GUGAAACCACCCCGCACUCUCGCCUCUCUCCCCCCAGCGUGUGUUUCACCUUCAUGCUGUGCCUCGCCGUGCUCUGGUCCCUCUUCUACUUCUCCGGCCUCGUCGCUUACGCCGCCUACGAGGACUGCGACCCCUUAGGCAACGGCCAGAUCGAGAAGUCGGACCAGAUCCUCGCGUUUCUCGUGGCCGAUAAGCUGCGCCAUGUUCCAGGGAUGGCGGGGGUGUUCGUGGCUGCCGUGGCGGGCGCCGUCCUCAGCUCGCUAUCUUCACAAGCCAAUGCAAUGGUCGUCAUGAUGUGGGAGGAUUUCCUAAGUGGAUGGUGGAUCUUUGCCAACGUGCCUGCAAAGAGUGCCACGAAUAUCACGCGAGUCUUGUCCGUAUGCAUGGGUCUCCUGAGCAUCAGCAUGGCCUUCCUAGUAGCCAACCUGGGCACCUUGUUCCAGACCGCAUACAGCAUUAGUGGGGCUCUGGUUAGUCCAAUGGAUGGGCUGUUCAUAACUGCCGUGGCCGCACCUUGGGUUAGUGCGAAGGGUGCUACCGCUGGCUUCGUGGCAGCCUUGUGCUUCAACCUGUGGAUCGUCAUCGGCAAGUUUACGUACGGUGCUGGUCAGAGUCCCGUGCUUCCGACGUCUACUGAAGGAUGCCCCGUUUUGGACGUUGUGUUCGACGGCACACUUGAGGGUUCUCGGGCACCUUUCGUGAAUAGUACUGAUUACAGCAUUUACAACGGUUCCAGUGCUGCUCCUGGUUAUUCGCAGCUCUUCAACGAUUCGUCCGAUGCCACAUACCCAAGGCUGUAUGACGUCUCCUACUGUUAUCUUGGCAUGAUGGGGAUAACCAUUGUCCUUGUUGUGUCUACAGUUGUGUCGUUGUGCACAGGUCCCGUCAAACCAGACAAAGCGAAUGAAAGUUAUGUGAACAAACAGAGUCUGAGAUUCUACCGAUGGCUGUGUGGGUACGAAUCGUCGGAGGCCAAGAGACCCAUAGAGAAGGGAGAUGACUUGGAUGCUGUAUCUCUAAAGGGCUUUUCCUACCUGGAAAAUGGCACGUUAGAGAGUGCGUGAUUGGGAAAGGAGAUUUUGUGGUCAGUGAGGAGAGGACUGUACAAAUGUAAGGAGACUUUGUAGCGUACGGAGAGUGGCGAUGAAGUUCGUGCAGAUUGGUGUAGUGUGUAGACGGGGUGGAGAGCGUAUAGUGUUAGGGUGACUUACGCGUAGACGAAGGGAAAGGAAGUCUACGGGGUAAAGAUAUUGCACACAGUAAUGUCUGGAGGGCUAUUUGAAUAACAAGGCGAUAUGUACAGUAAACGCAUGUAAACUCUGUACAGUACGGAAGGUAUGCCCAGCGAGGAGAGUCUCCAGACUAGAGGGAAGGUCUGCACAAUGCGAAGACUUUGCAGAGGGAAGGGAAUUCAUGCAAUAAAGAUCAAGCUGAGGAGAGUUUGUACAAGAAGUCUUCAGUAGGGAGAGUCCUUACCAUAAGGAAGGUCUGCAAUAAGGAAAUUCUUCUUGGAAAGGAGCGAGUAUAACAUGGAGAGUCUACAUGAGAAAGAAAAUAUACAAGGCAAGAAAAUAUUUUGCGUUAAGAGUUUACACAAUGCGAAGCUCUACAAUGUCUCAUUUUCACUUGUAUUUUUGUUAUAGAACAGAUAUUGUACGAUUAUAUGGAAAUGUAUUUUAGUGUUUAGAUAAUAGUUCAAGUAGACGACGACAAGUAGUUUGUGUUUAGAUGAUAUGACUGGAUUUGAGAGAAAUGUUCAGCUACUAAGGUACUCGAAAGCAGGUAGCACCACUCGAUGAAAAUCCUAAUUGGCAACUGUUAAGCUAAGCCCCACCCCUUACCUUCAUUUAUUGCAAAAGUAAUCAGUUUUUUUAAUUAUUAUACUUUGAAAUUAUUAAUUCUUUAACCAUUGUCAUUGCUGAACUUUUUUCAAGGAAAGAAUACUGAAAAAAAUUAAAUAUGACACAGUGUUUAGCAAAUGAGAUAUCAGAUACAGCUCAAUACAUAACUAUUUGCUUCAUUUACUUAUAACUGUUAACAUUAUCAGAGGUAAAACAAACAUUUUCUUCUAUUAUUUAUAAUCACAACGUCCUAUUUACACCAUAAACAGCCGUCAGAAUACUAGGGGGGGGGGGCGAUUUCAUUUUUCGGUUCAAAGGCUCAGUAACAGGUGUGCUACCUGUCUAUCGUAUGUUCCUUGGUUUUAAAAUCCAGUCAUGAAUAUGAUUUACUCAGGGUUGGAACAUAAUGAAUGGAGAUGAUGAAGUGAUAUUAUGUAGAAUGAUAUAUACGUGUUUUUUCAUUUGCAUAUUGUUUGUGUGAGAGAGAAAUAAGUAGGCAGAGGCAUAUAUGACAGCAAGAGAAUUGUAAUUAUAGCGUCAUUCAUUCUCGUGUAUACCAAUUUUUAUAUAUUGGUCGUAAUGAAAUCUGUUCAGUCAGAUUUGAUUAGGUCGUAUCUGUAACAGAUAACCGUGUUAUGACAAGUUGCAAGGCACAGCCAGUUUAAUCUCUGUUAUCUUCAGAAUUGUGCAAAACCCCUUUUUUCUCUUUUUUUUUUCAGAUUCACAGGGUAAAAUACGUGUCUUUUUCCCCCACACAACCGAACAAACCACGUGCCUUUGUUUACAUUUGACGUGAUUGGCCAGCUGACAAAAAUGCCAUUACCAGGCGAUCUCUGAUUGGCUGCAAAGCUCGAGUAUCUAUUAUUUGAAUUAUACUCUAGACAGUACAAAUUACAAAUUAAAAGAUUUCUAUGAACAGACAAAUGCUGAAUAAGAUUUUAAGCAGUAAUUUAUUUAUUUAUUUAUUACGUAGAGAGAACUGUAAUCUAAAUGAAUACGAAUUAUUGGUGCACAGAAACAUACAUUGUGUCUUAUCUUACUGUAGCUGUCACGCUGCCUGUCUGUCUGUCGGACCGACUCUCUCUCUCUCUCUCUCUCUCUCUCUUCUCUCUCUCUCCU